CGGCGGCGUUUCCCGCGCCCGCGCGCGGCGUGGCGGGGCGGCAUGGCGGGGGAGCGGGCGGCCGGUCUGGUGCGGGAGCUGCACCGCGCCGGCGGCGGGAACCUGCCGCCAUUCCGGGCGGAGGGGCUGCGGCAGGCGCUGGAGGAGAUGCGGGCGCUCUACGAGCGGAACCAGGCGGACGUGUCCGAAGCGAAGUCGGGACGGACCGACCUGAUUUUCCUCAUCCGGUUUCGCCACUGCUGCCUGCUCCGAAACCAGCGCUGCGUCCUGGCCUACCUGUACGACCGGUUGCUGCGGAUCCGAGCACUAAGGUGGGAGUAUGGCAGCGUCCUGCCAAACACCAUCCAGUUUCACAUGUCAGCUGAGGAAGUGGAGUGGUUCAAUCGGUACAAAAAGUCUCUGGCUACCUACAUGAGGUCAGUAGGAGGAGAGGAAGGGCUGGACCUUACACAGGACAUAAAACCUCCUAAAAGCCUGUACAUCGAAGUGCGGUGUUUAAGAGACUAUGGAGAAUUUGAGAUCGAUGAUGGUACCACUGUCCUGUUGAAGAAGAAUAGCCAGGUACCCAUGACAAGAGAGUGCGGUCCAUUCUCUUCCUUCCCUUUCACUCUCAUGACAUCCCCUGCUUAUCCCAGCUUCGCAGCAUGUCACAGUUCCUGCACAUGUGGCUCCUUGCACAUGCUGCAAGCUGUCUGCGUGGCCCAGGACUGCGGUUCAGCUCUGCCUGAUCUGGUACCACAAUGCAGCAGCCAUACAGUACCACAGAGCUGGUUGUGUGCAGCAACAAAUCCAGUCUGCCUGGGUUUUAAGGAAGGUUUGUCUGUGUUUCUGUGCAGCAUUUUUUACCCCGCUGGAAAUGCGAGCAGUUAAUCAGACAAGGAGUCCUCGAGCACAUUCUGUCUUAAGCGUGCAGGACAGGAGGGACAACCCUUGCUCGGUGGCCUGCCCACAACAGGGAAUGAACUCUGGUGCGUGCAGGACUUCAGACACCUCAGCAUUUCUGCAGUGCCACUCCUCUCAACGCCCUUUGAUACCUGACAUGAAGAUCAGCCCUGAGUUUAUAAAGUAUGCAGACCACAUUGGCCAGCUCUUCAUGACCAAAGGGUGCAUACUGGUGAUGUAGCGAUCCUGGGAAUCCAGCAUAGUGGGGGGGGGGGGUGGGCAGGGGAGCGGUGGUGUUAUCCAAGCCCCACAGCUACAAGCAGGUUAUUUGUGUUUGGAGCAGUUCUUUGUUCACACUGGGCAUGUAGGAGUAAGACAGCAACUGGCUAAGCUCUGGAAGCCAGGAGAGCUCCACAGUUGCAAAAUAAAGAACUGCUUCCGCCUUCAA